AUGCCCUUCACGACUGAGAAAGUUCCUGACAAGUACGUCGACGCUGUCUUGCCAAACACCGACCUUCAGACGACGCUUGACUUGAUUGUAAGCAGCACGCAUGAAGUUGGGAACUCAUUCUUUACCAUUGCUGGACAUGUGAGAAAUGGGAUCAUCUUUCCAGGCGGAAUGAGCGUGGACUCGACCAGCCUCAAAGAAGCCAUUGACGAGUGUCGGGUGGUCAAGGACGAAUACGAAAUUGCCUUGAUCAAAAAGGCAAACAUCAUCAGCUCUGCUGCACAUCUAACCGUCAUCAAAUCUGUUAAGAAGUGCAAGAAUGAGUCAGAAAUUGAUGGCUUGUUUUUAGGAGAGUGCACCAAAAGGGGAACCAAAAUCCAAGCCUACCCGAGCAUUGUUGCAAGUGGACGUACGGCUGCGACGAUGCACUAUGAAAGGAACAGCCAGAAUCUCUACCUGAACGGAAUGGCCAAGGACGUGGUGGUUAUUGAUGCCGGAGCCGAGUGGAACUACUAUGGUGCAGAUAUCACUCGAACUCUGCCUAUCUCUGGCAAGAUCACGCCUGAAUCUCGUUCGAUUUACGAAAUUGUCCCGAAGAUGCAGGAAGCUUGCAUUGCGGCCCUGAAGGAGGGCGUUCUCUGGGAUGAUCUUCAUGUGCUGGCGCAUAAGAUUGCCAUUGAUGGCCUCUUGGCGCUCGGUAUUUUAAAAGGAAAUAACGAUGAGAUCCUGGCGGAAAGAAUCAGCACCGCUUUCAUGCCGCAUGGCCUCGGCCACUUCUUGGGCAUGGAUACAGGUGGUCACCCCAACGAGACCGAUCCAGAUCCCAUGUUCAAGUAUCUGAGCCCGAAAAUAUUCGAUUCUUGGCUGACGCUCUCGCAAUACAUUGAUGAAGAGGUGCUUGACGAGUACUGGGAUAUUGGCGGCGUAUGGUAUUGA